AAUGGUAUUUAAAUUUUUCCUCCACUUUUGGAAUAAAAUAUGAUAUGAUGAUUUGCAUCUUCUUCGUAUUUUUGCCAUUAUUUUGGCCUGUUUGACUUUUUCUAGUUUCUUUGAGAUAUGGCAAUAGAGGAAGUGGAGGUGGAUGGUCCUGUGUACACAAUGGAAGAAGCACUGACAUCAGUUGGAAUUGGUAAAUUUCAGUAUAUGAUCCUGUCUUAUGCAGGUCUUGGUUCUAUUUCAGAAGCAGUUGAGACUAUGAUUCUCUCUGUUAUAGGACCUGCUUUAAGGUCCCAAUGGUCUCUUUCUCCUACUCAAGAAAGCCUUAUGACUACUGUUGUUUUUGUUGGCAUGCUUAUUGGAGCUUUUUCUUGGGGUUUUAUCACUGAUUCUUAUGGAAGAAGGAAGGGUCUUUUCUGUAUAGCAAUAGUGACUUCUUCAUGUGCAACACUAAGUACCUUUUCUCCAAAUUAUAAUUGGUUGCUUGCUGUACGUAUGGUCGUUGGAUUUGGAGCAGGGGGUGGACCUGUAUAUGGAUCUUGGUUUCUUGAAUUUGUUCCAUCACAAAAUAGGGGCAUGUGGAUGAUUAUCUAUGCAGGUUUUUGGACAAUUGGAACAAUACUUGAGGCUUUAUUAGCAAUGUUGAUUAUGCCAAGAUUGGGUUGGAGGUGGUUACUUGCUUUAUCAUCCAUACCAUCAUUUGCAGCACUUUUUUUAUUUGUAUUUACAGUAGAAUCUCCUAGAUAUAUGUGUGCAAGAGGUAGGACAAGAGACGCCUAUGAUAUUCUGAAGAAAAUAGCUGUGGUGAAUAAGACACAACUUCCCCCCGGAAAGCUCGUAUCUUCUCAAGUGAGCGAGGUGCAUGAGGAAUUGCUUUCUCCUGGGAAAUUCAGAGUCGAAAAUCUUAAAUCAGGCUUCUCAUCACUACUAAUGCUUUUGUCCCCCGCAUUACGUAGAAAUACACUCCUCAUAUGGAUGGUUUUUAUUGGAAAUGGCUUCUUAUAUUAUGGCAUUAUAUUGCUGACCUCACUGUUUAGCAGUGGACAAUGUCUACAUUCGUCAAUUGCUUUGCACAUGAAUGAUGAUCAGAGCCUUUAUACAAAUGUGGCCAUCAAUAGUCUUGCAGAGAUCCCUGGAACUCUUUUAGCAGCUAUAAUGGUGGAUAAAGUUGGUCGGAAAUUCAGUACAGCACUAAUGUUUGCUUUAAGCUUCCUAUUCCUUUUACCGCUUCUUGCACCUCAACUGCCUGCUUUGACUACUGCCUUGUUAUUUGGUGCUCGUACUUUCAUUUCUGGGAGCUUCGUCAUUGUGAAUGUCUAUUGUCGAGAGAUAUAUCCAACGUCUGUAAGGUCAACUGGUAUUGGAGUUGCAACUUCUGUGGGAAGAAUAGGGCCCAUGAUUUCUCCUAUGGUUGUGGUGCAAUUGUUAAGAAGGUGUCAUCAGAUGGCUGCAAUCAUAUGUUUCGAAGCAGUUCUAGUUUUAUCAGCAGUCGGUGUUAUGCUCUUCUCAGUAGAGACAAAGGGUAGGGAACUAAUUGAUACUCAUGUUGGCUAAAGUUUGGACUUAUUUUCAUUUUACUUGUGUAGAAGUUUUCUCUCCAUAUUGAAGAAGGAAAAAGAUAUGAAAAUAUGUUUGUAUCAUUUUCAAUUACCUGUGUAAGAUUGGAUUUUAUGAAA